AUGAGACAAAAAUAUUUGAUCAUUGUAGUGUUAUAAUUCCUUAUAAGAACUACAAUUCAAUUAGACACUUACUCAGAGUCUUUACUUAUUUAUUAAUUGGCUAACAAUUUCUACAUUAACAACUUCACGUUUAAUUAUGAAUUAGUAUCUGAGAAAAGCAAAAGCAUCUUGAAAAGAUUAGAUUACUUCCCUAUCUAGUUUGAAAAGUUCUUGCAUCUUAAUCCUGAAUUAAAAAGUAUUGAGUUGGAUUUGGUUUAAGGAAGAUUUUAAGAGAAUGCUUUAAAAAAGGUGACAUAGUUUUCUAAUUAACAAUAUGAUUUGCCAAAUUUCAAAUACAAAGAACCAGGACUCACGAUGAAAAUGUAAAUGAGAAAUAAUGGGGUAAUGAGUGAAGAGCUUUAAGAGAAAACGUAUGGCUUUUUGUCUUCAAUAUUUUCCCUUGGAAUAUUUGAAAAGAGAGGAGAUCAAAUGAAAUUAACAGAUCAGGAAGGUUAUUCGUUCUAUUAUUAUUCAAAACCAUAUGAACCAUAUUGCAAAGAAAAUUUACAAUUCCUGCUUAAGCAUCUUAGAAGUACUGUAUUUGAAAGUGGUAUCUCAAGUUUGUUAAAUGAUGAUACCUAUAAUCUCAGUCCUUACAAACAUUUAAGUGUUAAGAUAGAGCAUAAGCCAGACACUAAAGCAAUGAUAAUUAACUUUGACGUUAUAUAUAUGUCUUAAAAUGUUGAUAAAAAGAAUAGCUUGGAAUCAUUACUAUAGAUUAAAGGUGAUUAUAAAAUUAUUAGAUGUGCAGUAUGUACUGAUUCUAAGAUAUAGCUCGCAACUUAAGAUAAUAAUAAUCAUAAGACUUUGUAUAACUUUAAAGAGGUAUCUUUAACUGAGGCCUUGCCUUUGAGAAUGAUUAAAUAUGACAAAAAUAUUUACUCAGAUGUCGAACUUCAAGUAAAGCAGAUAGAGUCGGAGAGAUAUGUUUCAGACUUACAUUUUGCUAAGGAAGGUACAUUGUUUCACAAAAUCAAGAAUAACAUGAAUACUGAUUAAGCUGAUUUGGUGAUUUAGGAGUAUCUUCCAAAUUUUCUUAGACCUUUUAUACACACUGCAAAAUACUUCAUCAAAGAUUUGGAAUCAGGAAAAGUAAUAGAAAAAAGAUUAGGGGCUACUUAGUUAAGUAUUGAGUACGAUGAAAUGUCAAGUAGUAUAAUCAAGAUAAAAAAUUUGCAGAUUCCUGCAUAAUCAGAGAUACUUAUAAGUAUUAGAAUUAGGAAACAUCUGAAUAUGUUCGAAGAUUACCCUAAUGAUCCUAAUAGAGGAUUUAAUAUACCUCAAAUGCCCAUAUUAUUCAAAGCAGCUAAUCAGAGCAAAUGGAGUGAGACCUACAGUAAGUCACUUUUAGUUCAAACUAUUGAGCCUGAUUUUAGCAUGCCUUUCAAUGUGAAUGCAGUGACUAAUGCUCUUCUAGGCUUUAUGAUUAUUAACACUUUUAAUACUGUUGUAAAAGCCAAGAGAUUUGUGUGA